UAAUUGUGAAUUUGUGAGGGUUGGAAGGUGACAAGUCGCCUAUCUCUUUAGUAAUAGCCUCCACCAAAUACCACCGUCGAGAUUCGAAUAAAGGAAAAGAACAGAAAAACUUAACGCAGACUGUCCAGGAGAAAGACAUGAGAGAUCAGGGAGGAGAGCUUAAGGGUUUGGCCUGGAAGCUUCCGCAUGUCAACUCGAAGCAACUGGGUAAGCUGGGCCCCGCUUUCGGCCUCGGCGCUGGCUGCGGUCUUGGUUUCGGCAUCGGUCUUCUCGGUGGUGUAGGAUUGGGUCCUGGGAUACCCGGCUUACAAGUUGGCAUUGGAUUUGGUGCUGGAUGUGGGAUUGGCUUAGGUUUUGGCUAUGGUGCGGGGAGGGGCAUUGCUUUGGAUGAAAACGGGAGACACUCUAAUGUUGGGCAUCUUUCUCAUGGUUCUAUGAAUUUCCCCUCUCAGGAUGAGAUUGGUGCACUUGUUGAUGAGCUUGUCAUUAAUACCAAGAAACUUAUCCGAGCAACUUCUAGAGAGGUUGACAAGUGGAGAAGAUGAGGUCAAGCUCCUGCUGUAUAAUCAAACGAACCAUUAUGGUGUCUAGAUAGAUUCUGUACACAUGCAUUUCCACAAGGAAAUAUAAAAACCUUUUUUCUAUGCAUGCAUAUUAUGUACCCCUCUUUGAGUUAAUGUGAAAUUAAUUACUUCCCAA